AUGGACCACCUUCGAGUUGAUCCCGGGGGCUUCCAGCUCCCCGGGAUGCCUCCUCCGCAAUUAACGAAUCCGCCGCCGCAGAUAUUCGGCGCCUACAUGCACGAUGGCAUGUCUGUCCUACCACCAGACCUGCAGAUGGGUUUUGACCCGAGUGCACUCCUCGGCGACGACAGCGAGGCCAAGAGGAGGAGAAUAGCAAGGGCUUGCGAUAUGUGUAGAAAGAAAAAAAUCAAGUGCGACGGAAAGCUGCCGGCGUGCACCCACUGCAUCAACUACAAAACGGACUGUGUCUUCACCCAGGUUGAGAAGAAAAGGAAUCCACCCAAAGGCGCAAAAUACAUUGAAGGUCUCGAGAAUCGGCUUGGGCGCAUGGAAAGUCUGCUGAGACUGUCUGGUCUACUGGGAGAAGAUGAUGGCGCAACUGACCUCGGCACAUUGGAGAGGCGUCUGGCGGAGAAGGCUCAGCAAUCUAGACAAGCUUCGCAGGCUGUAUCAAAUCCCACUUCGCCGUCGCAAGCAACAUCCGGGCAAAACGGCGCUGCAUCAACUCCACGCAGCACAUUCGCAUCACCCGAACCAGCAAGGGAUGAGGAAAGGAAGAGAAACUCCGUGUCGACACCGGCAGAGACCAAAAAGGACGAGGAAGGCGAAGUCGAGGCUCUGUCAGAAAUGAUGUGCUCGCUGGUCACCAACCAAUCUGGUGAGACGAGGUACAUUGGAUCAUCCUCGGGGUUUUCCAUCUUUUCACCCAAAGGCAUCCAAUGGGUUAACGAGAAAACGGGAGAUACCUCGUUUCAGGAUAUGAUAUCCGAGGUUUCCAUUGAUGAUCACAAGUGGACGCGCUGGAAGCCCGAGAUCUUCGCUGAUCUCUUCAGCCGGCCUAUAUACAUUCAACUACCGUCUAAAACGGAGGCGUUGUCUUUGCUCACGGAUUAUUUUGAGAACUUCAACUGCAUGUUUCCGUUGUUUCACCAGCCUACUUUCAUGCAUCUCGUGGAAAGGCAGUACUCAAACGAGCCAUACCAAGGCUCGGGAUGGUGGGCCAGUUUGAAUGUGGCGCUGGCAACUGCUCAUCGUCUGCGGGUGAUGAGCAAACUCGUGCCCCAAGAAGAGGACGACAAAGCUUGGGCAUAUAUGAAAAAUGCCAUGGGAGUGUUUUCAGAACUAACAAUGCGUAGCACUGAUCUGCUCAGCGUGCAAGCUUUACUCGGCAUGGCUCUCUUCAUGCAGGGGACGCCGAACCCGCAGCCCUCGAUCCUGCUCAUUUCUGCCGCCAUCAGGUUGUCCCACAAUAUCGGUCUGCACAAGCGAGGUAGCGGGUUCAACUUGAACCCCAUCGAGAUUGAGCAGAGAAAACGAGUCUUCUGGAUUGCUUAUAUGCUGGACAAAGAUCUCUGCCUUCGCUCUGGCCGACCACCCGCACAGGACGAUGAUGAUAUGAACGUCGAGCUGCCGGAUGCCGAUCCGGCUGACAACAUUGGCAACAUUCCUUUGGCCGAUGGAAAGGGGAAGAUGAAUUUGUUCCGAGCAAUGUGUGAGAUGACUAUCAUUGAGAGCCGAGUGUACAAACGACUGUAUUCGGUCAAGGCCACGAAGCUCUCUGAGGGCGAACUGCUCCAGACUAUUGGCGAACUGGACAAGGAACUUGAAGACUGGAAGGACAGCGUUCCCAUCGACUUCCGCCCUGAGCAUGAGAUUAAAGCUUCGCAUACGCCGCUGAUUCUGCAUAUUGUCAUGUUGCACUUCUCAUACUAUAACUGUUUAACUACCAUUCACCGGAUGUCCGUUCACCGGGGUUACUGGACGAGUCGUUUGUCGAACUUCGCUAUUCAAGGUUUGAACGCCAAACCCCUGAACCCCAGAAUUUUCUCCUCGGCGGCCUUAUGCGCCUCAGCGGCCAGGGCCACUAUUUCAUUGCUGAAGUAUAUCCCACAAGGGGAUUGUCAAGUGGUUUGGCUUGCUCUAUACUUCCCGGUAUCUGCCCUGGUCACCCUAUUUGGCAACAUCCUCCAAAAUCCGACGGAUCCCAGGGCGAGGUCAGAUACCAAACUUAUGAGCCUCGUCGUGACCUUUUUGUCUACACUAGGUGAAGAGGUAGAGACCGGCGGCGUCCACAGAACGCUUGGCGUCUGCGCAGAAUUUGAGCGGAUAGCCAAGAUGAUUAUUGAGAAGACAGAGAAAGACGGGUCAAAACGCAAGAGAAAGACUCACGACCCUCCCAGACCCGCGCCAUCGCAGAACACGAACUCAUCUCGCCCGGGCUCUUCGGUUACCACACCUACUCCUCACUUCAAUCCUCAGUCGCAAUCCUCUCCCAGCAUGCGAUCAAACCAAGCGAAUGGAAACGGUUACAGCCCAAUGAAUACGGCUUCCUCAUCCAAUGGUCAAGCGCCGCGGGAUGGGCAAGGGGGGUGGCCACAAGAUUACCCUGUUACUCAUGACACCCCAGACUUUACCAACUUUGCCGAUUUGACCGGUUUCGGCCAGCCUCUACGGUCACCUCCAAUGGCGAACCCGAGCGUGACGGGCUACCAACCAUUGCUGCCUCAAGACUUGUGGCAACUCCCCAUGACGCUCGACUGGGACUGGGCCGAAAUUAGUGGUGGUGCCUACCCGAGCUUCGAGAAUGGUAAUAUUAACCCUAACGGUCAAUGA